AUGGAACCAGAGAUUGUAUUGGACGUGGGUUCAAUUCCGCGCAGUAUAUGUCUUUAUAGCGGAUCGAAAGACCUGGAUCGUACCAUUAAUGCAGAUAUGCCAUCGGAGGAAAUCCUGCAGGUAUUGUGGAGGAAGUGUGAGUCAAUUGUAAAGGAAGUGGAGUCAGGUUCUUUCAUCUUUCGCUGGGCGGUGGAAGGUUACGAGCAGUGGACCCAUUCUGGUAGCUUGGAAGCUAGAGAGUUCUUGGCCAAUGUGGAUGGCGCAAACGCCGUAGUUGAAGAGCUUCGAUCUGUAAUGCAGGCCAUGAGCGAUGAGCAAUUGACAAACCGAGGAAAUGGGCGGCUGAUACCACCUAUUUUACUCCCCUCCAUCGAUGGCAUCUCCCGCAUUCUCCGUUCCCCCUCUGGCUUGGCCCGUUGGGCUGUCUACCAUCGAAAUAGCCAUAGUAUGACGGCCGACGAGCGUUUGCGAAAUGUGUGCGUCCUUGCCCGCUGGUACCCCCAAAAAGCCUGUUACGAAGCUGCAAAAAUAAUCGGGAGCCUACCAAACCUGAAGUACAUCUCAGCAACCGAUGGCUCCUGUGACCCUCAGUGUUUUGACAUUUCAAUUGAAGAGCUACGACGAAUCACGGCCCUUGCCUUUUACGACAAUCCCGCCUCUAAUGAUGCAACAUCUGAUAACUGUCCAGCUUCUAGCGAUAGGGGUGAUGACGUUGCAAGUCGUAGGUCUCAAGUAGUUCCUGACCCUAAAGUGGAUUCCGUAUUUGAGCAGACAGUGAGAGACGUGGCAGACUUUAUGGAACAGCUUAGAGCGUAUAUGCGGAAUUCGCAGUUCACCUUUGCUGGGUAUGACAUUCCUGACGAUAACGCUCUUGGGGAUGUGAGAGCGACUGGAGACAACGUUCUUGACGACAACGCUCUUGAGGAUGUGAGAGCGACUGGAGACAACGUUCCUGACGAUAGCGCUUCUGAAGAUAACGCUCUUGGGGGUGAUGGAGCGCCAAUAGGAGCGUUGUAUGUACCCAAGCUCCUGUCGACGUGGGUGAACGGACUGAUGGACAAGCGAAUCGCAGAGUUAAGGCAGCGCUAUGAGGAUGUGUACAGUAGCUCUCAAAACGAUUUGGUGUCCGCUUAUUUUUCAGGCAUCAAUGGUAGUGGAGAGGUCAGCAGAGAUUCUAGCGGAGAUGUUAGCGGAGAAGCCCAAUUCCCCGUCGGCUCAGAAGUUAAAAUCACAUCACUGGAUGACUACCAAAAUUACGACCUACGUGAACGAGCAUGGUUUGAACAGAGCUUUGUACGCGGAUUAAUGUACUUGAUUCUGCUGCAGGAGACGGGGCAUGGUCCGAACCGCUCUAUGAUGGAAAUUGUUAAUCGAAUGCGCAGCAAUGAUCCUCUUACCUUCACGAUGCCGGUGAAUCUUUUCAAUACUUUAUACGACUUCACUACGAAAGAAAUAACUGAAUGGAUGGCUCUGGAGCAAGGCACGGGUUAUGCAUAUAGAGCUGGAGUUGCUAUUUCAACAACGCUAGAAUACUUGCUUAACAGCCGACAGGCGUAA